UCUGCAAAGGCCUGAUUUGCACAAAAAGACUCUUUGCUUUCAUAACAGUACUGCUUCCACUUUAAACAUCGCUGAAGGACGAGAACUUAUCCAAGGACCUACAACAUAGUGUUCCAAAGAACCAGUGCAUCUCAGAGCAAUGGAAGACCAUGAAGGGCAUUGCGCUGAAGAAAAUCUGGACUUUGAAGGGACAGCUACAAACACAGGUCCCAAAGGAGUGAUCAACGACUGGAGAAAAUUUAAGCUGGAGAGUGAAGAUGAAGAAGCAGUCCCUCCAAGCAAAAGGGAGUUGUUACGACAGAUGUCAUCUCCUUUUAAAAGUCAGAACAAAGCAGAAGACAAAGACAAGAGGGAAAAGUACAAUCGCAAGAUGAGCAAAAUGGAAUAUGAACUAAUGCAAGACAAGGAAGAUGAGAGUUGUCUGCAAAAGUAUCGUAAGCAGUGCAUGAAAGAAAUGCACAGCAAGCUAAGUUUUGGGCCUACUUACGGGCAGCUCUACGAGCUUGAAAGUGGAGACCAGUUCCUGGAAGUCAUUGAGAAGGAACACAAGACUACAACCAUCAUAGUUCACAUUUAUGAGGACGGAGUCAAAGGAUGUGAUGCACUAACCAGUGGCUUAACCUGCCUCGCCUUGGAAUAUCCAGUGGUAAAAUUCUGUAAGAUCAGGGCCUCUCACACCGGGGCUGGAGACCGCUUCACAAAUAGUGUUCUGCCAACAUUACUUGUGUACAAAGCUGGCGAGCUGAUUGGCAACUUCUUAUGUGUCACAGAGCAGUUUGGCGAAGAAUUCUUUGCUGUGGAUAUUGAGAACUUCUUAAACGAAUAUGGCUUGCUGCCUGAACGGGAAUUUUCCAGCACCGUGAACGGAAGUGACAGUGGUGAUGAUGAUGAUAAUGAUAUUGAAUGAAUAUUAAAUGAUUAUCGUUUCUCUUUGCUUUUGCAUAGAAUUUGUAAUGUCUGGCUCUCUGCCUCCAUUAUCUGAAGACAUCUUACUACAACGAACACACAAUCCUGUUACCUUCAUUGUAUUUUACAACUAAUUUCAUGUCCCAGGCAAGCUAAGAGAAUGUCUGAAAUAAAAUA